UAGCCGACUAUACUUUCCUAUCGGUCCAUAAGAUACGGUACCAAAAUGGGGGGCUCCUCAAACCAAAUUGGUAGGCGUCUCUGAAAGCCAUCCGAUCCAAGGAGCCUGCGCCAGUUCUGGUUUUUCCGAAUUGCCGGUAUUGGUACUUAGCUCGAGAAUUUCAUUAAAAUUCAGUAUUAGCAAAACGCUCACCAUCGUCGCCUGUUGGCAGUGAAUCUUCUCAGAUAUUUCGGUUGAUCAGAGUGCUGUGACAAUUUUUCCAAAAUGUACGGGGUUAAUAGUUCACUCUCCGGAUCUUCAGUGGCGGACGAAUGUGCGAAAAUAGAAGCGCGACCUAUAGACAGUGGUUUUCUCUCAUCCUCUGAUAUUUCCGACUCGGAAAAUUUCACUUCCGAACAGCUUUCCGCCAAGUCUGAAUUUUCCGAUUAUUUUGUCUCAGGAAACGAGGUCGUCGAAGACGGAAACAUGAAAGUGGACAACAGGGUGUAUUUUCUCAGCGAGAGUUUGUCGAAAAUCAAGGUGGAGGGAUCCUGCACCAACGACUUGUCGUCCGACAAAUCCGCUACAGAGGACGCAUGGGGGAAGAAGAAUAAGGGACAAUUCAUUCUGCAGGAUGAGCACGGAAAUACACACCUUCAUCUUGCCAUUUAUUUCUGCUACUCGGACAUGGCGUUCAACCUGAUAAGGGCAGCAAUCAGUCCAGUCUACUUGGACCUGUUAGAUCAAGAUGGGCAAUCUCCCUUGCAUCUUGCAGUUGCCACAAAUCAAUAUCAAAUAGUUAGAAGUUUGAUCGUUGCUGGUGCUCAUCCAGGUAUUAGGAAUUCUAAAGGGGACUCACCUCUUCACAUAGCAGCUAGAUUAGGGUAUUACAACUGCUGCAGAGCCAUACUAGAGCCAGUGAGAAGGGAAGAAUUCAAAUCACUAUGUCUAUCUUAUGAUGAAGUGCAUUACAAGAUGGUGGAUUUGGAACAGUGGAACUACGAAGGUCAAACUUGCGCCCACAUAGCCGCUUUAAAUUGCCAUAUUGACAUUCUAAGGCUCCUCAUGAGAUGUGGGGCUGAUAUAAACGCCAGAGAGGGUCGAGGGGGUUACACAAUACUCCAUUUCGCCAUACAAAACAAAAUGGAAAAAUUGGCGUAUUUUCUACUGAGCGAAUGUUCCAACUUGGAGGCUGAUGUUACGACAUAUGCGGGAAAAUCUGUACUACAGCUAGGAUUACCAAUCAACACAGGAUUAAGUAGGACUCUUUUGUUGAGAGGAGCAGCUUCCCCUUAUUCCAGCGAGGAUGAAGACAUGGAAGAAUGCGAAGAUGAGGUCCUCAAACGUAAUAACCACCUCUAUUUGCACAAUAGUCUGUUGAAUGGGUGUGCAUAAUCAUCUCUAAACAGAAUAAUUCAUCAAAUUGAUGAAUUUCGGCGAAGUAAGAAUAUUGCCAAAUAUCUUUCACUGUGAUUAAAGAAUGCAAGAAAUUCGAAGUACUCGGAAAUCCUUUGGCAAUGAGCUGGAAGAGAAGAAAAUCUUUUGCAACACUUCCGGGCCCAGGAAACAAGAUUAGCUGAGAUGUUGCCUGAAAUGUUGAAAAAAGUGGAAGUGUUAACGAGAGUACAUAAAAAUUACAAUGCGAAAGAAGUCCUGAGUGCCUUGACGAUUGAUUAAAGUGUUCUUGCAAACAACAUUGUUGUCGAAUCACCGUUUGAGUUCCUGUAUUUAUUUUCUCAUAACUAUAGUAGUCAUAUUCUUUUGAUAUUUACCACGAAAUUGUUGAUCAUAAGUAGUCAUGUUUAAUUGUUUUUAACUGUGGCCAAAUUGUACACUUCCAUUUUUAACUGAAGCUGUGAUAAGAAGACUUUUCUAUUCUAUGAAUAAAAAUAGUUCUUUUUCAGUCAGCAUGGAAAAGGAAAAAUCAGUAUUCCUGAUUCAGAAAAAAUAUUUCUGAAUAAGUUUGAAGUUUUUUUGAACUACCUAGGUAAUAUUGAAUUUGUUGAAUAAAUCAAGCCAAAUUUAUUUAUUACAUAAGUUUUUAUUAUUGAAGUUUAUUCUGUUACCAAAUAAAACUUACUUAUUGUACAAA